GAACUACUUUGACAGAGUCUCUUACCCCUGUUUUCACCUUCUGUCCUGAGUAUGUGGUCCCUUUGAGUUAGUGUGGACGUGUGCACAUUAGUGUGAGCACUGUAUAUCACCCACCCUGACGUGUGACACAUCAGCUCACUGCAGCUCCACCAUGAACACAAAAUCAUGGGUGUCCCUGCUCCAACUCUCCAGGAGGGGGUUCAGACUUUGUGCAUCCAAACCCCCCCACUGCAGAGCCGGGGCCUUGGGUUUAAUAACUUCAACUUGUCUUCCACCAAUUUCACCCCACUCGCCUGUGACCUGCAGGCACUCUUACUCCAGCAACGUCAAGCUGCGCUCCUAUCUUCAAUACUUGAAGCACAAGAUCAAACCCCCUCCCAGUCCUCCGUACUGUCACGUGUGCCAAGUAGGGGACCCAGUGCUGCGUUCACAUGCAGCAGCUGUUGACCCUGCAGCUGUAACGGGCCCCGAGGUCCAACAGGUCAUCAACACUAUGGUCAAAGUGAUGCGGAAAUUUGAGUGUGUGGGACUGAGCGCGCCUCAGAUUGGAGUGCCACUCCGCAUCCUGGCCUUGGAAUAUCCCGAGAAGAUGUUGGAAGACUGUUCGCCCGCAGCAAGGGAGGUCCGCGGUAUUUCCGUCCAGCCUCUGAGGAUCUUUGUCAACCCCCAGCUGAGGGUCAUGGAUGGACGAACCAUGCUCUUUCAGGAGGCCUGUGAGAGCCUCUCAGGCUUCUCUGCCACAGUUCCACGCUACCUGUCUGUGGAAGUGUCUGGUCUGAAUGAGAAGGGGGAAGCUGUUGCGUGGCAGGCCAGUGGCUGGCCAGCUCGCAUCCUCCAGCACGAGAUGGACCACCUGGACGGGGUCCUCUACAUCGACCGCAUGGACAGCAAGACCUUCAUCAACAUCAACUGGCAGGCCUACAAUGAAUAGAAGAUCCUCAGGACGGACCAGAAACAUUUACAGAAGAAACUGUAAGACUGCAUUAAUGAUCUCUGAUCUAUACUGUACCGAUGAAAUCGUUUUACGUUUGCUCUUUUGAGCAGACGCUUUAUUUUCAUGUGAAAAAUCUGGCUUGCAGAAGUGAUUCAUUUUGGUUUCUGGAGAGAAGAGAUCAGCAUCAUGAUGAAGCUGCAAGGUGGAAACCUUAAAAGCAAUGGUCAUAAAUGUGCUCCUCAGGUCUAUGUUUAAUGAAUACAGUGGCUGAUAUGGUCAUGAUAAAAGGAGUCAUAAAUGUGUGACCCUUGUCUGGCACCAUCAAAAUGAAAACACAACUGAAUAGCAAAUGAGGGCGAAAUGCUUGGGGAGCAAAGUGUCAGCCCUUUUCCUCAGAGACUCACUUUUGUUCAACUCUUAACACAAUUCAGAAAAUGCUGGUCAUUCUAUAGGACUUACACAAGAAUGGGAAAAAGGAUGAAUGUACCUGGACUUAAUCAAGUUUGGCUUAGACAUGUUUGGGACAUGAGCGGGCAUGACCCAGAGAAAACAGACGCGGUUUUAACAGCUUUAAGAAAAUGGUACCUGCACCCAGGUUCAUGUUGGUUCAUGUUUGUGCAUGUCAGGCUUUCACAGAUCCAUGACCAGUAUUUGUUUGUGUCAUUAAAAUGUUGAUCAUAA